CAUCACACUAGCAGUAAUUAAUCAACCACCAGCUAGUCUAGUAAUAUUAUUACAUCUCGUCAGCCAGGAUUAUCUAUUCAUUUAUAUUAGAUGGGUAUUACUAUCUGCGGAGAUAUGAGAAUGCAGAAAUUACUGUUUAGUCCAUUAUACUUCUAUACAAAUAAUAGAGGAAGGCAAUAUAAAGGUCGCGUUGGACAGACAGUACAGAACGUUCUUGCCAUACAGGCCCCUGGGACCUGUCUGCUCUUGCAUUUCUCGUAAACCAGUUCCUCCAUAAUAAUAUUUUCAAUAUAGAGACUUACUUCCCCAGGCCACGCACAGAGACAUUAAAACCUGCAUGAUCAAGAUACAUUGCAUUAUCAUUUCGGAAAAGAAACCAUGAUUCCUCAUUUCCCAAUCUCAUCUACUCUAUGGACCAUCGUACUGACGAUCCUAUCGCAAGUGCACGCAAACCAUCCAAGCUGCGAAUGCUAUAUCGUCUCCGGACCAGAACCAGGAUACUUCCAAAACUACCGUUUCUGGGACUUUCGCUACGUGCCUCCGGAGCCUGAGUUGGCUAAAGAAUACCAAUUCUCUCCGUUAGGAAACAAUGCUGGUGCCGCCAAGUAUAACGAAGCUAAUGGACCUUUGCUGAAAAGGCCAAUUCUGUUGAGAGACACAAAGUUCGCGGACGAAUGGACCGUUCAGAGUUGGAGUCGGGAAGGUUCAAGUCUCUUUCCAGUACCUAUUGUUAAUUCGGAGCGGAAUGUUUUCAUCACGAAUGAUCCGUGGCAUGAGGAUGCAACGAAUCUGGUGUUUCGGACGACCAGGCUAGAUGACUAUUCUUCUACGGCGGAGAUAGAGACUCGGUUGCGGAAUAUCUUGCACUGCUCUGUUCGUGUGCGACUGCGUCUGUUUGCUGGAGAUGGCAUUCUUCAACCCCCAAUUUGGGGAAAAUCCGUCAGCAAUCAAGAAGACGAAGAUCCGGAUGUAUCUGUGGAACCAAAAGUGUCAGCGAGUCCUCCUAGCGGUGCAUGUGCGGGGAUAUUCACGUACCAUUCCACGACAAGCGAGUCGGAUAUCGAAAUCCUCACUUCAGAUCCUCCUUAUCGCAUCCAUUACGCCAAUCAGCCUGACUACGACCCCAUCACGGAUGAGAUGAUCCCAGGUGCGAGUACCGUAGUAGAUCUUCCCGUUCGCUGGACCUCGUGGGCAACGCAUCGUCUCGAUUGGUUCUCGAGUAAUUCCCGCUGGUGGGUAGAUGGCAUCAUCCAGGAGAGAAAGACAUACUCCGUUCCCUACAAUCCCAGCAUGUUAGUGAUCAAUCUCUGGAGUGAUGGCGGAAAUUGGACUGGCAACAUGUCUGUGGGAGACAGCGUCUAUAUGGGUAUCGAAUCGAUUGAAAUCGCCUACAAUGCCACCACGGACGGUGCUGAUAUUUCUGAUGAAUUGCCCAACCGCAGACACCCGAAUCACAUCUUGCGUGCAAACAUGGCGAAUGAGUUUGUCAGGGAGGAAGAUCCGGAAGAGUCGUUGCUCAAGUCUGACGGAAACGAGGGAAUUGAAAUUCACAAAGGAUGCAGAGUGGCUUGUCGGAUCGACGAUGUCCAGCAGAAAGGAUUCCCGGAGGUUGUAUAUGACUAUUCUGCCUAGGCAGCUUAUUAGCUUGGUAAAAAAAGCACUAUACGAAUUAGCCUUGAUUUACAUCAACUUGCUAGAAACAGAAUGUUCUGAGCUUGCAUUAAUUCUACCACCGAAAAUAUCUUCGCGAGCACUUAGCAAGAUCGUAGUCAUUCUCAUCAUGACCUAACAACCAUAACACGCA